AUGGUAGAGUCACCCAGAGGCAUUUCUGCAAUUUCCCCUGGAGAUCGGAUUGCUCAGCUUACUCUCCUUCCCAGUCUUCAUGGACGGUUUGAAGCCUGCCCUAAGGAAAGGGGAGACAAAGGUUUUGGCUCCUCGGGUGUGGAUUUACCAUUCCUGUCCCUUGAUUUAGACCAACGCCCAGUCUUGUCACUCAAGAUAGAUGGGAACUGUAUACUUGGCCUGUUGGAUACAGACACUGACAAAAGUAUUAUAGCAAAGAAUGAUUGGCCAUCAGGGUGGCCUAUUCAAGCCUCCUCACAGACCCUGCAAGGCCUGGGCUAUGCUAAGGCCCCUGACAUGAGUGCUAGGCACUUGCAGUGGAAUGAUGAUGAAGGCCAUUCAGGCAGUAUUCAGCCUUAUGUAUUAGAACUCCCUAUUUCCCUGUGGGGGAGGGAUCUGCUGAAAGACAUGGGAUUUAAGCUUAGUAAUGAAUAUUCCCCAGCCUCACAACAGAUGAUGACAAGGAUGGGCUAUCAUCCAAGCUUCGGAUUAAGAAAGAGAUUACAGGGACAAAAGGAUCCUAUAUCAGUACAGCAACACCCUUUUAGACAAGAGCUUGGUUUUUCGUAG